GCGACAUCCCCGUGGCUGGCGAGACGGUGUGGUUGUAGGCUAUCUCCGCGUGGGCAAGAUGGAGAUCCCACUGCUGGUCGCCACGAACAAUCUUUCGGAGAAUAUCUCCGAGAGUCCUGUUCGUGACCUCGGUCUGACCAUCAGUCUGGGGAUGGUAAGACGAGGAGAAGCGAAGCUGGGUGCCGUAUACCUCGUGGAGCCGUCGCCAGAAUCGGCUGUCGGUACAGAGACGGAGAGUUCCAUCCGCUUUGCGAGCAAAGAGGACGGGUGCACCCCACGGGGAGUUGCUGGGUUUAAUGAAACCCAGUCUCAGGAGCUCCUCAAGCUGACGCUUGAGUUCGGUGGCCUUGGGGAUCGAGAGUCUGUAGGGUGCCUUGUGGUGAACACGAUAGUCAUGCACAAGCUGGAUGAAGUGCUCAACGUCGCGCAUCGGUGGGAUGCCGGCGUACGAGAACGAUGGUGGGAAAACGUCGUGGUACUCUCGAAUGAGGUCACGAACUGCGGGCUCCAGGUCGGUCGUAUAGCAUGCGAGUUCCUCAGCGUCAGCGUCGACGCGCGCGACGACGGGGUGGACUCGACGGACGGCGGAGGGUGGGAAGUAGAGAUGGGAACUAUGGAGAUAGGAGGAUCUGGCUCCAGAGGGAUGAGCUCGGCGUCGGGACAGGGUGGAUCAUAGUGUAAGAGAUCCGUAACGUUCACCGUAAAGAAGGUGACGUCGUCCUGUCGGAUGAAGUGAGCGAACUGCCGAGGCGAGGUGAUAGUGAUUGUAGGAGAUGGUGUGGCCACGGAAGGCUCCGGGGGAGGAAGAUUGGGGCGUGGUGUGGCGGUGGUACCUAUGAAAGGUACGCGAUACGUCUGUCCACACUUCGUUUUGAGAACGAGAGUUGGUCGCCCAAUUGGCCUCGGUGCUGCAGAACCGACGAGACCACAGAGUACCGAGAAUGAAAUCGUACCCCGUCU